AUGCAUUCAAAUACGCCCCCGGUCGCCUCCGGGCAGCCUGGUCUUCCUUCUCAACCUGCAUACACCCCCGUCGACAUGUUGCCAGUGACCAAGGUUCCCGCGCUGGACACGAUCGAUCGGUACGCCGUCGACAAAUCCGUCGGCGCGGUCGUUGGGAAGAGCCCGUCGGUAGAAGUCGCCUGCUCCUCCUCUGUGCGAGAUCUCGCCGAUAGUAUUAUCCAGGGUUAUGCUCGGUUUAUCUCCCGUUUUAUCGGCGCGGAGGAUGUCGCCUUCUUUGUGACUCGCCACGCAGCAUUUGCGACGGGUCCGGAUGCGACGCGGUACGCGGUAUGUGCUUUUGCGGUGGGCUCCGGUGAUGCGGCGACGUACACGGUACACGAAUUCAACGAGGGUCAACGCGACCAGAACGAGGUUCAGUUCAUCUUGGAACUCGGAUUGGGCUCCGGUCCUGAGAAUGGCGAGGCCCAACAAGCAGAUACCCAAGAGGAUAAAUUCGCGCUUUCUGUCCAACACACCUCAUCUGGCACCUUACAACUCCGCUUUUCCUAUCCCCGGAGACUCAUUCCCGAUGCCGCCGUGCAGCAGCUGUUGAACACGUUGAGUGCGCAUCUGGUGCAAUCUUCGCCGUCGCUCAGUUUGAAGACGCCUCUUCCGGAGCUUUCGAUCCUUAAUUUCCCUCCGCUUAUGAUACCUCCUUCGCGAAACCCUGAACAAGACAUAAAUCUUAAUGUCCAGAGCGCACCGCCGCCCGCGCUUCUGCAUGCCGCUUUCGAGGGCUGGGCCCGUCGAAAGCCGGAUGCGAUCGCACUAGAUUUCGUGCAUUCCUUAUCCUCCGCGCAGUCCCCUGCGGAGCACAGUAUCUUGACGUACGCCGCGCUCAACGCCGCCGCUUCUAAUCUCGCCAGCUACAUCCGAACGUUGUGGUCCGACAGUGACCUGCAGACCGACAAUGCCCGCAUCGUGCCGGUUUACCUAUCAACCUCCCCAGAACUUUAUAUCUCCUAUCUUGCCGUCCUCAAAGCUGGCUGUGCCUUCUCUCCGAUACCUCUAGACGCCCCCGAGCAACGCAUUCAGGAUAUUCUCCAUGACAUCCAGUCGCCUAUCAUCCUCGGUGCCGGUUCAGAGCCAUCUUUGGGGCCAUGGAGGUCGGAAAUGCAGGGGUCGGACACCAUAAAACGCACCUGGAUCGAUGUGACUGAGGUUUCUCGAUGGAAAGAAAUGCGCGGCGAUCACCCGCGGUUGCAACUACCUUCACAAGACACUCUCGAAGACCUGGAAAUCAAAGAUGACCAAACAGCCUAUCUUUUCUUUACUAGUGGUUCCACGGGGAAACCAAAAGGCGUUCAGGUCAGCCAUCUCGCGGUCACAUGUUCCAUUGCAUCCCAUUCGACUGCAAUCCCUCUCCCCGGCGACAACCAAGGGGAUUUCCGCUGGUUCCAGUUUGCUUCCCCGACCUUCGACCCGUCUCUGAUGGAGAUCUUCGUGACAUUGAGUAACGGGGCGACCCUGUGCUCGGCAGAUCGAAGCCUGACCUUGACUGAUAUUGAAUCCGCUGUGAAUGAGGCUCGGGCGACAGUGAUGAUGGCCACGCCAAGUUUGGCAGCGCUAUUGCGGCCCUCCCGUCUGACCACUCUCCAAUCCCUCUGGACCAUGGGUGAGAAGUUGAAUCGCACCGUGAUUGACAAUUUCGCCGCCAAACCAGAACCCAAUGGGUCUCCUACCUCCAGAAUGUUGGUCAACGCCUAUGGUCCCACCGAAGGCGCGAUCAACUGCACGUUCCUUGCGCCGGUCGACUAUGCUGUGCGGGGUUCAAUCAUCGGGAGCGCUCUUCCCACGUGCGCCAUGCUCAUUCUAGAUCCCGAUCAGCGUAACCCGACGCCAGUUCCUUCGGGUCUUGCUGGUGAGCUGGCCAUCGCCGGUCCGCAAGUCAGCAAAGGGUAUCUGAACCGCCCCGAGGAGACCGCCAAGUCGUUCGUCUACAGUAGCGAAUUCGGCUAUCUCUAUCGGACCGGGGAUAUGGCGCGCAUUGUGUGGGAUGAAAAUGGUUCGGAGGUCAUUGAAUUUCUUGGUCGGAUCACCACCGAUCAGGUGAAAAUCAGUGGUCGACGGUUGGAGUUGGGCGAGAUCGAGUCGGUCCUCGCGACGGUCGAUGACGUCACGGAAAUCGUGGCGGUCGUGUCCGCAAGGGACAACACUCCUGGCAGUGAGCAGAUCGUCGCAUGCCUCGUAACAAAGGCUACAAGUCGGUCCGCGCGUGAGAAAAUUGUGCGCGAUGCGCAGGAGUCCACUCUGCGGCAUCUUUCGUCUUAUAUGUGUCCCUCCAUUUACGCUUUCUUUGACUCGCUCCCGCGUUCGAGCUCCGGCAAAGUUGAUCGCAAAACCAUCGCAGUGAGACUACAAAGGGGCGGAGAUCGUGGGGUGGAGAUUUUCCUUCCGCCUAAAGCUGGAAUGUCCAAUGGCGUGCAUGAUGAUUGGGAUGAAACCGAGGACGAGACCGUGUUGGCAUUGCAGGACCUUGUCGUGCGCCUCAUCGCUGAGUCGACCGACGAAGAUGCGACUACCAUCAAGGCCGGGUCAGAUCUCUACACUCUGGGACUGGACAGUCUAGGUGCUAUGCGAUUCCUGCAAAAACUGCGAGAUCAAUCUAUCUAUGAUUUGAGCGUAGCGGAUGUCCUUCUCUCCGGAACACCCAAGGGGCUAGUCUCGAUCAUUGCCCGCCGGCAUCAAGAGAAUGGUACGGCCCAGGUGAAUGGGAGUCCGGAGCUAAAUCACUCCCAAGAGCCAUUGGGUGAACGCCUCGCAUUGUUUAGUUCCAAGAACCACCCGGUAUGCGCGGAAAGACUCGGUCUAAACCCCUGCCAGAUUCAGAAGGUGCUGCCAACUACCGCAACGCAGUCCGGUAUGAUCACAAGUCUCCUGCGAAGCUCUUCCGACAGCGCGUCUAGCAGUCGCACGUACAUAUAUCACUCUGUCAUUCCUCUUCAGCCGCAUGUGGAUGUGGAACGCAUGCUUACUGCGUGGGACACUGUCGUCUCCGAAUACGAUUCUUUCCGGACGGUGUUCUGUCUGGUCGACGAUGAUUUGGCGCCAUUUGCUCAAUGUAUUCUCGCGCCGGGAGCGGCGUCACGGCCAGAAUGGAACAUCUGUUCUGCCAAGGACACUUCGGAAGAGAGUCUCCACAAGGCGUUCCAAGACGCGGAGGGGCAGAUCAGAUUAAAAACUCCUCCGUGGAAGCUUUCUCUAAUCACAACCCCCGAGAAGCGGCUGAUUAUCCUGAGCAUGUUCCACGGCAUUUUUGACGGUGGUUCCUUACAACUGCUCCUCGAGGAUGUAGCUUCGGUGUACAAUUCCAAUGGCCUCGCAGAGCGCACUUCCCUUGAACACAUUGUUAAACAUCACUUCGGUGCCGAUCAUGAGGCUGCAUCCGUCUUCUGGGCGAAGCACCUAGAUCAGUAUUCCCCCGUGGCGUUCCCCUCACUCACCCCUCAACGACCACCUGCGGUGAAGACAGUGGGAUAUGUGGAGAUAACGUCCAAGAUCAGCCAUGCCGAUUUGAAGAAGCGGUCCAAAAAUAUAAGCUCGACUCCUCUCGCCGUCCUCCAAUCAGCCUGGGGCUCUAUCCUGCUAGCUUAUACAGGAACUCAGGAUCAAGAUGUGACAAUAGGUAGUGUCGUGUCUGGACGGCUCGACCGCGACUCGGAAAGUUGCAUUGGUCCGACCUACUCCGUCAUCCCGUUGCGACUUUCCGUCAAUCAAAUUGCCCGUGGCCUUGACGAUGUUUGCACCAACAAGUCUGUUGCCCGCUACCUGACUUCUUUUGGUGCGCAGGCGUUAUCACACCUGCAGCUAUCGCUAGGAUCUACUGUGACAGCAGAUGGCCGGCUCCCAUACGAUACACUUCUUGCAUACCAGGACUUCAACGCCGGUUCCCAUGCAAGUGGCACUGCUGGCAGUGGCCCCUGGGGGUCAGUUGACCACCCUGCAAUGGCACAUGACUUUGCUGUGAUGAUUGAGGUGUGGCCAUGUUCCGAUUCAUCUUUGACAUUCCGUGCUACUUACAAUGACUCUCAUCUCGAUGCUGAGGGCGCUAGAAUCAUGCUAAGCGAGAUGGAUGAUAUUGUCAGGUACAUCCUUGAUGAACCGGAAGGAAACUUCUUAGACGCCCUCUCGCACACUGGAUCGAGCCUCAAGUCUUCAUUCAACCCGGUGUCGCGUUGCGUUGAUGAGGUAUCCGAGGGAGUCCUCAUACACUCUUGGUUUGAGGACCAUGCAGCCUCCAAACCACAUGACCCAGCGCUAAUCUUCAAGUAUGACUUGGAUGAUUUGGAGGACCCCGCUAACAUUACCUGGACAUACGGCGAGGUCAACGCCAUGGCUGACAGGCUUGCGGAUCAUUUGUCUGAGAUCUGUGGCCCCUUGGCAAAUGUUCCCGUCCCACUUUGUAUCGAGAAAAGCCCAGCUGUGUAUAUAGCCAUUCUGGCAAUUCUUAAAGCCGGCGGUGCUUGGUGCCCCAUUGACACCUUAUCCCCUGCACAACGUCGUCACGAUCUAAUCGCGCGGACUGGGGCCAAGGUUCUUCUGGUCUCCAGUGAUGACCCAGCCCAGACGGAGGAGGCUGUGCCCUCUAGUGUCGAACUCGUCGAUGUCGCUCAAUACACCAAGGAUGCUCCGUUGCUAGCGAACGGUGUCCAUCAGAAAAGUCCUCGAGUUAAGAACAGCCCAGACGAUAUGGCCUAUUUGAUCUGGACUAGUGGUACGACUGGUGCUCCCAAAGGGGUUCCCAUCACUCAUUCCGCGGCUGUGUCUGCCAUGAAAUCCCUCCACCGGGAUAUUCCCACCGAUGUGAGCGGCGGCGCUAUCCGUUGUUUGCAGUUCUCGCAGUACACUUUCGAUGUCUCGAUCCAGGAUAUGUUCUAUACUUGGGGCAUAGGAGGCGUGCUUAUUUCAGCUACCAGAGAGAUCAUGCUUGGCUCGUUUUCCAAACUUGCGAACACAACGAAGGCGACACACGCUCAUCUCACCCCAGCCUUUGCUGCUGGUAUCCCAAGGAAAAGCUGUGAAACGUUGCAGGUCAUCACGAUGAUCGGGGAGAAGUUGACACCGUCUGUUGCCGAAGACUGGGGCACUGACAUGCGAGCUUUCAACACUUAUGGGCCUGCCGAAGCAACCAUUGUUUCUACGAUCCGGGAGUUUGGAAAUGAGCACAAAAAUAUCAAGAGCGCGAACAUCGGCUGGCCGAUGGAUACCGUUUCCGUCUAUGUGAUGAAAAACCGACGCACGAUCAUGAAGAAUGCUGUUGGUGAAUUGGCGCUUGGUGGUCCACAACUCUCUCCUGGAUACCUGAGGCAGGAAGAUGUCACUAAGGCCAAGUAUAUCUACAAUGAGGAAGCAGGCCAGACCCUGUAUUAUACCGGUGACUUGGUCCGCAUGCUCAGCGAUGGCUCUCUCGAGUAUAUCAAUCGUGUCGAUGACCAGGUCAAGCUUGCGGGUAUUCGCAUUGAGCUAAGCGAGAUCAGCUACUCCUUGGGUGGCUGCCAUCCCCUGGUCGAGAACAUUGAGACUCUCGUUCUCACUCGUCCUGACAGGCCCAACCAGGUCGUCGUCGCUUUUCUUUCUGCCCCAGGCGCAAUUCGCCCGGAGCAAGGUGGAGAGCUUGUGUUACUCGACGAUACUGCCCUGGAGAUUGCCCAAGCUGCUAAUGAAAAAGCACAGUCUACCCUACCAGACAACAUGAUUCCUUCCGUUUAUCUGGUGAUCCGAAGCAUUCCGAAGACAGCAUCUGCUAAGACAGACCGUCGCGCACUCCAGGCUGCUUAUGCCACGGUUGACAUUGACGAUUGGGAAAAGCGGCUGAAUCCGGAGACUGCUGCUGCUGCUCAAUCACCCGAUGACCCAGAAUAUGCUGCUACCAUAGCACAAGUGAUCGACAUGAUUUCGUCCCUGGCAGGCAUUUCUUCCGCGGGUAUCUCGAGGACCAGUAGGAUGCAUAGCUUGGGUAUCGACUCCAUUCGCGCAGUCCGGCUUGCGUCCAAGAUGAGAAAAGCAGGGUACCAGUUUUCCGUUCUUGAUCUCCUGAACUGCGUCACCGUUCAAGAUCUUAUGAAGCUUAUCUCAAAGAAAACGGAGAAGCCCCAGUCCGAUGUGUUCGAUGUCAACGGCUUCAACGACAAAUGGCAUCCAGCUAUAUCUGACAAGGUGCAGGAGGAAUUCUUCACUGUCAGGGCCACGACUAUCCAAGAAAGUCUUCUAAGUGAGACCAUGGGUACAUACGAUAUGUACUGGAGCAACCAUUUCUUCUCCCUUGAACAGGCUGUGGACGUCAUAAGACUGAAGCAAGCUUGGCUCGCCGUCGCUCAGAAAACAGAGGCGUUGAGGACAGGGUUCAUGCCUGUGGCCGAGGUCAGCAAAGGCAACAACAGCGGCACACUUGAUUUUUCUCUCCUACAACUUAUCUACAAGGUUCCUUCGGUGGAUUGGGAAUAUGUGAAUUGCUCUACAGAGGAUUACGUCGAGUUGCGUGAUGCUCGAAUCAAGGACGUCAUGAUGAAACACCAGACGCAGUACUUCAGGAAUCCUCCUUGGGCAGUUACAGUCUUUGACAAGGAUGGUGAGAGGGUCAUGAUCCUCACGAUACAUCACUCCCUCCAUGAUGAGCCCUCACUUCGUCUUAUCAUGGACGAUGUGCAAGCCGCCUAUGCCUACAAGCCACCAUCGAGACUCCAGCUCACUAAUGCCUUGUCAAUCGUCUUACCCAAUGAGCAAAAGGCCAACGCGACGCACAAUUUCUGGAAGUCGGAACUCGAGAAGUUUGCGGAGCUUGAUGUUCCGGUAUGGCCGGAUCUCACAGGUGUUAGGGCGCAGCCGGCUGCUGUCCCAGAACGCAAGCUACUCAUCGCAGAAGUCCCGUUGACCGAACCGGCGACGAAACUCCAGUCAGCGGCUGCGGAGCUAGGGGUUUCGUCCGUUGCGUCAAUCAUUCGGGCUGCUUGGGGAUACGUUUCCGUUAGCUAUCUUGGAAUUCCGGCUACGGUGUUUGCGGAGACUCUGUCUGACCGUGUUUUGCAUGCAGACUUGGAAGAUGGAGUUGGCCCUCUGAUCUCGGUUGUUCCCAUCCCUUUCUGCCCUAAAGGCAGUGCACGAGAGCUUCUUGAGGAGCAACACCGACUUUCGGUUCAAUCAUGGAAGUAUCGCCACGUUCCUGCCCGUGAUGUUCGAAAGAUGCUCAGACGACCACGAGGUGAAGCACUAUAUCCGGCAGUUUUCAACUUCCAUGCGGAAAGCGACGUAUCUGAGACAUCCCCAACUAUCUGGAGUGAGACUGAGGACGAGGUUGGUUUGCAUGUUGAGCAUCAGAUGGCUUUCAAUGUCUUCCAGCGACCAGAUGGAUCCUUCCUGCUGGAAGCAUGCGCGGAUAGUCGUGUCAUGAACCAAGAACAAUUGGCAGUUUUUGUCCGUCAAGUGGACGGUCUCGUCAGCGCCAUGCUAGCCUAUCCUGAUAAGCCAUUGAUGGAGGUUGUCGAUCACCUCUCGCAUGAUCUUCUCUCCGUUUCGAACAGACCCGUUAGCGAAGAGGUUGCUAACUCGGUACAUUCUGCGCCUACAUAUUGGUUGGAGCGGAAUGCCAGAGAACAUCCGGACUGGACUGCAGUGGAAGUAGCAAGCAGUAUCAGCCCUGAUGGUAUUGUGAAGGAGACUAUGAGCUACAGUAAGCUGAACGCUGAAGCAAACCGCGUAGCGGCUUACCUCGCGUCCCUGGGCCACAAAAACAGGAUGAUUGCUGUUUGCACUGGACGGAAUCUACCUUCAUACCCGAUAAUCGCUGGCAUCUUCAAAUCCGGAAACGCAUACCUGCCAAUUGUGGAGGAUCUUCCGGUUGAUCGCAAGCUGUUCUUGGCCGAGGAUGCAGACUGUCCAAUCGUGUUCACUGAGACAACUCUCUCAGACUCUUUCUCUCGUGUUUCUGACAACUGCAGCGUCAUUUGCAUCGACGACCCGCAGUUCCAGAAGUCGGUCGAAUCAAUGCCUGUCGAGGAUAGAGACUACCAGUCCGGCCCCGACGACCUCGCCUACCUCCUUUUCACGUCUGGGUCUACCGGCAAACCGAAGGGCGUGAUGGUCACCCGCGGUAAUCUUUCGUCUUUCAUCGAGUCCUUCAGUGAAUUUGCCACCACGGCAGCCCCUAUCACUUUCGAGCUCGGGGGCAAGGGCAGAUACCUAGCUCAAGCCAGCAGAGCAUUUGAUCCUCACCUCUUGGAGAUGCUCUUCCCUUGGCGCCACGGAAUGACAACGGCAACUGCACCUAGGGAAAUGAUCUUGGAUGACCUUCAUUCCACCAUGUCAAAGUGGGGCAUCACGCACGCAAGUUUCGUGCCUUCUAUCGUCGACCAGGCCAAUCUGACGCCCCACGACUGUCCCAGUCUGGUGUUCAUGACCGUUGGUGGUGAGAAGAUAACUCAAAAGACACUGGAUACAUGGUCUACGUCACGUGUUGCACUUGUAAACGCUUACGGACCAACCGAAGUCACUAUUGGUUGCACAUUCGCUCGCGUUGGGAAGUACACAAACAUGCGCAAUAUUGGAGCCCCGUUGACCUCGUGUGUUGGCCAUGUCUUUAUCCCGGGUACUCAGCAUUAUGCUCUGAGAGGUCAAACUGGUGAACUGUGCUUCAGUGGCGAUAUUGUUGCCAAGGGUUAUCUCAACAGACCAGAUGCAACUGGAUUCUGCGACGGUCCCCGUGGAGAAAAGAUGUAUCGCACUGGUGAUAUCGGUCGCUUGAUGCCCGACAAUUCGGUGGAGUAUCUCGGUCGUGGAGAUGACCAGACCAAGAUUCGUGGCCAGAGACUUGAGCUUGGAGAGGUCUCUGAAGUGCUUCGUUCCUCCUCGCCAAUUCCCAUCGACGUCGUUACCAGCGUUGCUCAGCAUCCCGGCCUCGCGAGAGUGCAACUGAUCUCCUUUUUCGCACGCGCCGGUGCUCGUCAGCGCGAUCAGAAGGAAGUUUCUCUUGUGCAGUCAGAUCUGGCCACUCUUGGUAAGGAACUUCAAGAGAUUUGCCAGAAGAAGCUUCCUGGUUACAUGGUUCCUGAGCUCAUCCUCCCUGUCACGCAUAUUCCGCUCGCACAAAUGUCGGCCAAGAUCAAUGUCAAGGAGCUUCACGCCCUAUUCGCGUCGCUUCCGCUGGACCUAAUCCUCCAAGGAAACAAGUGGACGGCUGAAGGCGGGGCUGCCUCCAGUCGACCUUUGACAGCAGAUGAGGAAGCAGUCGUGAAGGAGAUCUGUAGUGUGAUUCCCGUUGACGCCUCCAUCCUUGGUGCAUUGACAAACAUCUUCGAAGUCGGUCUGGACAGUCUCAGUGCUAUCGGUCUCUCCAUCAGACUGAGAAAGAUCGGGUACGCGGCUACAGUGGCUCUUGUUAUGAGCAACCCGGUCAUUGAACAAUUGGCACGGCUACCCAGGAUGUCGCCGCCUGUAUCAAAUGGGGAUCCCGCUGCCUCGAAGCUGCACCAGAGACUAGCCGAUCUGGACGCCCAAUACCGUCGAAGCUGCCCGGCUGACGUCGACUUGUCUACUGUCUCCUCGGUUCGGCCUUGCCUACCGCUUCAAGAGGGUCUGGUCGCCCGUUCUAUCAAUAGCGAAGGCGAUCAGUUGUACGUCAAUCAUGUCGUUCUACAGCUCGCAGGCCAUGUUGAUGCGGGUAACUUGAAGGCAGCAUGGGAGAAGGUUGUAUAUGACAAUGAAAUCAUGCGGAGCGCUUUCGCUCCAUUGGAUAAUGAGAUGGUGCAAGUCGUUUUCUCGGCUGGUUCUUCUCAGAUUCAGUGGACUGAUGAGGAGUACGAGAACUUGGAGGAAGCGCUAUCCCGCCGCAAAUCACAGGAAGGGAAUGUCUCGCGUGAGAUCAUCUCGAACAUUUGCAGCGUUCCUCCAGUGCGGUUCCAUUUCGCAAGAUCCUCUAAUGGAGGGCAGCCGCUCGCUCUGUUCAUUGCGAUUCACCAUGCCCUUUAUGAUGGAGAGUCUUUCACGAUGCUAAUGCAGGAUGUCGCCUCUCGUUACGAAGGCAAGCCUGUUCCGACCCGCGGCUCACCCUCAGAUUUCAUUGAGCAUGUCUAUGGCCUGGGCUCAGAUAAAGCUAAGGAGUACUGGGUUCAAUAUCUGGCGGGUUAUUCUCCUACGCUGUUUCGCACAGAGUUUGGCUCUUUGGAGCAGCCUAAAUCCGUACAGAGACGCGCGAGUAACAAAUUAUCGGAGCUGGAACAGUGCGCAGCAAAUCUCCAAGCCACCGUCUCAUCUCUGAUACAGGCGCUUUUUGCGCUCCUUUUGGCUGAUACUGUUGGUGUAUCCGACGUCACCUAUGGUCUCGUGCUCUCUGGUCGUGCUAUCUCCGUCCCUGGCGCGGACACAGUCCUUCUUCCAUGCAUUACUACGAUCCCUGGCCGCCUGAAUACCAACAACCUCAGCACGGUUUCUGAAGUCGUUCAGUCAGUGCAGAAGUCGACCGCUAAAUCUCUCGACUUCCAACACACAUCUUUGAGACACAUCCAGCGUUGGAUCAAGUCAGAGUCCCCUCUGUUUGACUGCCUGUUCUCGUAUAUCCGUGCUACGUCACCAGCAGCGCAUAGCUUGUGGCGUGAAUUCGACAGCCACAUGCCCGCUGAGUAUCCUGUGGCAGUGGAAGUGGAAGCAAACCAUGAGUUGGAUACGGUAAGCCUUAACGGGCUGUUCUCGUCGGCCUUUACCUCGUCUCAUAAUGGAGAGGAGCUUCUCGAGAAGAUGGAUGCAGUGUUGUCUAGUGUUGUGGCUGGAGAAAGUCUCUCGUUGGACAACUUCAAUCUUUCCACAUCCCAGGCUCCGGGUACUCGCUCGACUACCCUCAAAUGGGAUGAGACUACGUGGUCCAGUGUGGAAACCGAGCUCAGAGACAUUACCGCGUCAUUCUGCGGAUUGGCUACGUCGGAUGUUUCCAAGGGCGCGUCUUUCCUGAGCCUUGGUAUUGACUCAGUAACCGCGAUUCAGUUCGCGCGCAAGCUCCGGGAGGCAGGAAUGCAGGUUACUUCAUCGGACGUGAUGCGCUUCUCCUGCAUUGGUGCCUUGGCCCAACAUAUCGAACGCCGUUCAUCAGAGGCGCCGCAAACCAAUGGGGUGGAAGAGUCCCAGCCGACCAGCAUCCCAGUCGCGGAGUAUCAAAAGCACAUUCGGGCUCUUAACGAUGACGAUUCCAUUUCCACUGUCUUUGAAUGCACUCCACUGCAGUCCGGCAUGAUCACGCAGACAAUCAGUUCCGAUGGGCAGGUCUACGUUCACCCGCAUGCGAUUAGGCUCACGGACAAUGCGGACAUUCCCCGACUAAAAGAUGCUCUUUUGGAAGUCAUCCAGGCAAAUGACAUUUUGCGUACCUCGUUCCACCUGAUAGGGGAAUUGGGCCCGUCUUGGGUUGGUGCUGUGCAUGAACGCCCUCCUUUUGAAUGGGAUGAGGUGGAGCUGCCCUCUGGGGCCGAUGUCCCCUCGCAAGUCGCCGCUCUCUAUUCGUUCUCUGAUGAAGCUUCUUUUGAGGCUCCGCCGAUUCGUUCCGUCCUUGUCCACCAACCUGAGGGCAAGGUCCUUGUUAUCGUCAUGCACCAUGCUCUGUAUGACGGUGCCUCUCUGCCAUUCUUCUUUGAAGACCUGGCCACGAUCUACAAUGGCAACAACAUCCCUGACAGACCACAAUUCUCGAAGACCGUCGGUCUCAUAUUGGGUUCACAAGAGGAAUCUUGCAAUUUUUGGGUCAGCAAACUAAGCAACUAUGAGGUUACUGAGAUACCCCGGCUUCCCGCUUCAGAAUCGUCGAGCGGAAUGCUGCUCCGCAAGCGUCGACUUGAUAUUGACUUGCCGGCUGCCAUUCAGUCUUGCAAGGAGAUGGAAGUAACAGUGCAGAAUAUCUCGCUUCUGGCGUAUUCUAAAGUUCUAGCACAUUUGGUUGGAAAGCGUGAUGUGGUGUUUGGACAAGUUCUGGCAGGGCGUUCGUUGUCUACGCCAGAGGCUGAACGUACUAUUGGACCUCUGUUCAACACUGUGGCCCAAAGAGUCACUUUCGAGCCAAAGUUCUUGAGCAAUAAAUCGAUGGCCCAGCGUCUGCAGCAACUGACCACUGAUGCUCAAGGUCACCAGCACGCACCACUCAGGGUUGUCCAGAAUGCUCUCAGACAAGCGAAUGGACUGAAGUCUGCAUCUCUCUUCGACACACUAUUUGUCUUCAUGAAGAGUGCGGACCUUGAGGGCAGUGUACUAGAACAGCAGAACAUCUGGCGGCCUUAUGAGUCAGAUGAUUCUGCGGCUCUGACGGAGCACAAGCUGAAUGUUGAAGUUGACCAUGCGCAUGAUGGAAUUCACGUCACCGCAUCAUGCAAUGGGCAGUAUAUGACACAAAAUAUGCUGGAUGGGUUUGUGGAUGAGUUUGGAGCAGUGCUGCGAGACAUCAUCGAGCACCCAGCGAGAUGCGCAACAGUCAUGCCUGAGCGUCUAGGAGAACUGCCACUCCGGCUGUCUGUGACAGGAUCAGAAGUAAACAGCGAUGAGGACGUCGAUGGCCCUCCGCAUGAGGCCGUCAUUCAAGCUGUUCUUUCUGAUAUCAGUGGCCUGUCGAAGGAAAACAUAAAGCCAACCACGAGCAUCUUCAGUAUUGGCUUGGACUCGCUGUCGGCUAUCCGAAUUGCAUCCAUCUGUCGGAAGAAGGGCCUCAAGACAAGCGUUGCCGAUAUUCUACAGGGUGGCACUUUACGUGGUAUCAGCCAGCGUGUCCGCCCAACUUCGGAGCAAGCACCCAAGGCACAUGGCUCGCUGAUUGCUGACUACGAUAGUGUGGAACGGGCUGUUUUGGAGCGACUACAGCUAGGCAAAGAAUCCGUCGAGACGAUUCUGCCCUGCCUAGGCGGUCAGUUCUUCCACCUCGCCAGCUGGUUGAAGUCUGGGCGAAAGUUAUUUGAGCCUGCAUGGCCAUACUUCAGCUCGGAACGCAUCGACAGUGUGAAGCUUGAACAAGCUUGGUCUCAGCUCCGCCAGAGACAUCCAGUUUUGCGAACCUGCUUUGUGGCUCUUUCACCGUCCGAAGCUGUGCAAGUUGUGGUGAAGGAGGCUAUGCGUGACGGAGACGUGUUCAAGGUCAUCGAGUCGUCUGAUCCCAUCGCUGAGGUAGCUAAAGCGCAAGCGAGGGAAGAGGCACUGCGCCCAUCCUCUCUGUUUGUCCCUCCCGUCAGACUUCGCCUCAUGAAGGCUGGCGAUAGAGAUGGUAUCCUCGUCCUUGUUAACCAUGCUGCCUAUGAUGCGUGGACAAUGCCGAUGUUUGUUUCUGAGCUCGCAAAUCUCUACCGCGGCGAACCAUUGGACACCAAUCCCGAUUUCCCGGCGUUUGUCGACUUCUCGGUGCGAUCUCUUCGUGGGCUCGAUGAGAAGACCUUCUGGACCUCUGCGGUGGGGUCAGGCACACCUACGCUGGUCAAGGGUAACAAAUCUGACGCUGGUCAAGCCUCUGAUCAGUUGUUCGUUAGCGCAUGGGAACAGGUCAAGAACCUCAGCAAACUGGAGACUGCAUGCCGUUCCGUCGGGCUUAGUCUCCAAACGGUCGUCCUUCUCGCCAUAUCUCGCUGUCUCUCGCGGAACACGGGAGCAAAGAACCCGGUGAUGGGCCUAUACCAGACCGGCCGGUCUGCUUCAUUCACCGAUAUCGAAAAGCUGUCAGGACCCUGCCUCAACGUCAAUCCUUUUGCUGUCCCUGAUGCUGUGUCGGCCGGCUCCCUUCUUGACAAAGCACAAGCUGUCCAAUCUGCUCUUGCCGAGCGGAUCUUUUUCGAGCAGAGCUCACUCCGUGACGUCCUCGGCUGGACUGGAAACGGAAAUGGCGCUCCACUUUUCAACACCUGGGUCAAUCUUCUCUGGAUGCAGAACGCGAUGCCAUCAGCCGCUGAUGCGUCUCCGGACUCGGAAGCGAUCGAUCAUACAGAUCUGUUCCUCCCACUUCGCAUCGGUGUGCCCACAGACUUCAUACCCGCAGAACCUUUGGAUAGUCAGGACACAGCCGUCUCCGCCUUGGAUACUUCUUUCCUGCCUGAUCAGAACAUCUUCAUCGAUGUUGGGCCUGAUCCCAAAACUGAUAGCAUUGGGUUUGGCGUUCGUGUUGAGGGCGGUGUUCUUACUGAGGAUGAGGUGCUUCGACUUGUUUCUGAAAUUGGAUACGAGAUUGAGACUGUUGUCUCGUCCUUGCAUUAG